AUGAAAAUCAAAAAGAAGGACUUGCGCAAGGGUGAAGCCCAGCUUCCCAUCAACUACCCGGACCCCAUAGUUGAGCAGCCACAGGAGACGUUCGAUGAGCGUGAGGCUCAGGUGGAACAGCUCUGCAAGCGUCUCGCGCACAAUGAGGUGGUGGUACGUGAUGAGGCACUGGCGCAAGUUCCACCAUACGUGCAGCGUGCUACAGCGCAUCUUUUAACUGUAGAGGCAAAUGUGGACAAAGGCGCUCUGUGCUGCUUUUUCGAUAUGCAGAGGAAGCGCAGAGGGGACCACCGGCAUAAAAGUAAGGAGUUAUCAAUUAAUGUACUUCGGGAACUCGACGCAUUUCGAAGCUGUGAGGAAAACGCGCGCCGUGAGCAACGGCGUAACGAGGCCAUUCAGCGCUUGCAGCGGCAACAGCGCGAAGAAGAGAACGAUGCCGGCGCAAACGGAGCCAAUGACGAUUCCUCACAAACGCGUUCCCAAACGAAGAACAGUGAGAUAGGGAAAAGAAGUGACGACCACAAAAGCGUGCGGCAGAUCUACCGAGAAUGGAUAUCGCAAUGGGCUGAGGUAGAGAUUCUGUUACUAAAGCUGUCACGCGGAUUGUUCUUUUGCUUGUGGCAUUCUGACAAGCCGCUUGUGCAGCUCGAGUGUGCCCAGAACAUAGCACGCGUUAUCCACUCCCCGCAUACAAACAGUGGCAAACUAUUGUGGUUUAGUUGCAUGAUGCGCGUGCUAGCAAAAGAGUGGCGCACAAUGGAUCGCUACCGGUCGGACAAGUACCUUGCCUUCGUGAGGAAGUUGAUGUUCGAACUCUUUACGCUGAUGAAGAAGUGGGAAAACGAGAGCCAACUCGAACAGCGAAGGGUCAAACCCAGCGAGGGUGGAGAGAAAUCUCAGCUGAAUACGCAGGAGCGGCCCGGUACCAAUGAUGGUUAUAGUGACCGCGGUAGCGAACGCGGGAGCAGCGACCGAAUGGAUAAUAUCACUUCGUGUCAACCCCUCUGCCGUGCCCUGGAGGAAGCGUGUUAUAUUUUCCAGCAACAGGUCGUGCCGGAGCCCUCCGCUGUCGGUCUCACUAUGCAUAUUUGCGACAUAUUCUUCGAUGAGUUGUGCCGUUCCGAAGUCUCGUCCACACUUUUUAUUGCGCUUGGCGAUCGCAUUGCACUGCACGCAAUGAGCAAGGGGGACUUUGUGGAGAAACGUGCGCUAGACUAUUUUAUUGCCCCCAUUGCUGGUGGUGUGCUGGAGACUCGUUUGCGUGAGCAACACGGACGACGGCAGCAACAAUGGAGUGGCGGUAAAGAUACCACUAAGAGUAGUGGGUCACAAAUGGUGACACGACCAACCUCUCGGAAGAGGGCGCGUGAUGACGACAGCACCAACCCUGGGAAUGGAAAAGCUCAACUGGCGCCGGAUGUGGCAGCUGCAAGGGAGGCACAUCUUAUAAUCACUGCGCUUGCUGACUGCUGCCGGCGCUACUCGGUGUCACGGGGAACGUUCUACUCCGUACGACCAAUGUUCGCAGAAAGCGAGAUGGCGCUCCGGCAAGCCGCCGACGCAUCCAAUUUCGUGGAGUUGACCGGAAAGGAAUUGCGAUGUCGCCUGGAGAGGGAGGUGGAGGAAGUGGACACCACACGAGCAGCAUUUGCGGGACAGCGAAAAAAAGCACGUCUACUGAAACAACGGGAGGGGCGCAAGCCUCCAACCUCAAAAAGGAAGGUUCACAUGAUAGAUGGUGGUAGCAAAAAGGUGUCAAAAAGGGAUCGCGGGCACGAGGUGUUGAAAAGACAGAAGAAGGAGGUGCCACGCAACACAAAAAGAAAGAAGAAUUAUCAACUGACGGUGGAGGAUUUAUACGGUGAUGAAUAG